GCUUGGUUAUGCGUCCUAUGACGAGUGGGCGGAGACUGAUGUACGCGAUCCUGGUUCCCGCAGACGCAGGAAGAUGGCCGCGGACAGAUUCUCCCGGUUUAACGAAGACCGAGACUUUCAGGGUAACCACUUUGACCAGUAUGAGGAUGGACACUUGGAGAUUGAGCAGGCCUCUCUGGACAAGCCCAUUGAAUCGGAUAACAUCGGACAUCGCUUACUGCAAAAGCAUGGGUGGAAGCUCGGCCAGGGCCUGGGGAAAUCCCUUCAGGGCAGAACCGAUCCUAUCCCGAUUGUGGUUAAAUAUGAUGUCAUGGGAAUGGGACGCAUGGAAAUGGAGUUGGAUUAUGCAGAAGAUGCCACUGAGCGAAGACGUGUCCUGGAGGUGGAAAAAGAAGACACAGAAGAGCUGAGGCAGAAAUACAAGGAUUUUGUGGACAAGGAGAAAGCCAUAGCGAAAGCCCUGGAGGAGCUGCGUGCGAACUUCUACUGCGAGUUAUGUGACAAGCAGUAUCAGAAGCACCAGGAGUUUGACAACCACAUCAAUUCUUAUGACCACGCACACAAACAGAGGCUGAAGGAUCUCAAGCAGCGAGAGUUUGCCCGCAAUGUUUCUUCACGGUCUCGAAAGGAUGAGCGCAAGCAGGAGAAGGCAUUGAGACGUCUGCUUGAGCUGGCUGAGCAGAGGAAGCAAGCGGAAAGUGCUCCAGGCAGUGGCCCCAUGUUUAAAGCCACCACAGUUGCGGUGGAUGAAGAAGGCACUGAAGACGAAGAUAUGCCCAUCAGCACAAGUUCAGCUGGCCAAGAAAGCCCAAAACACAUUCAGGAAGAAAAAGCACUCCAGAUAACUGCCCCAACUCAACCACCAGCUCCAGCAGUUACCUUUGGCUUCAAAAGUCCAGUUAGUUCCUCGUUGCUCCAGAAAGGGGGCUUCUCUUUCUCCUUUGCCAAGAAAACUCCAUUGAAGCUGGAGUUGCCAGCUGUCUUCAAGGACCACAGUGAGGAAGUGGGUGCCGCAGAGGAAGAGAAGGAAGAGGACAAAUCCACGGCAGAUAUCAUAAGCACGCUGAAAAGUCCAAUGGAAGCGGAGUGCAGCAAAGAUAAUGAAGUUAAAGUAGAGGAAGAGGAAGGUGAGGGAGAUAAUGGCUGCUCCCUGGCCAGCACCUUAUCCAAACUGAAGAAGAUGAAACGGGAGGAAAGAUGUGCUCAGGCAGGGGAGCCGGAAUAUUAUCACUACAUGCCACCUGCUCACUGCAAAGUGAAGCCCAACUUUCAGUUUCUGCUUUUCAUGAGGUCUACAGAGCAAACACAAACUGAGUACGAAGCUUCAAAAGAAGAGAAGAAACAGGCUGCUCCAAGCAAAGUCAAGCCUUCAAAACAGACAGAAAGUAAAGGGGAGAAGAGUGUGGUUGGUGAAGGAAAGGUGACUCCGGCAACAGAAAGCACUGCUUCUCCAAGCUUACCAAAGGCAGACAAGAAAGAGACUGAGGAAGGCAAAGAAAAGCCUAACACUAAUUUAAAUGAAGAAUCUUCCAAGAAAUCCCCAACGCCUGCAAAAGAACAGUCAGAGCGUCCAAAACAACCAACUGGUCCCUUUUUCCCAGUCUUGAGCAAGGAUGAGAGUACCACCCUACAGUGGCCCUCUGAACUCCUCAUAUUCACCCAAGCAGAGCCUUCCAUCUCUUACAGCUGUAACCCUUUAUACUUUGACUUCAAACUUUCACGGAACAAAGAUGCUAAAGGAAAGCUGGCUGGCAAGACAAAGGACAACCCAGGGACUAGCAAAGAUGGCUUACCGCCUCCUGAGGCAAGCAAAGAUCACAGUGUUGCCGUAAAGAAGGAAGGCUCCUCGGCUGCACUUACUUGUGGGGCCCAGUCAAAGGCUUCCUCUGCACCUCUUAGUGAUAUCAAACCUGAGUCCGUUGAGGAUGAAAACAAAGGAGAGUCUUCAGGAAAGCCACACAAGCACAAAAAGAAAAAAAAGCACAAGAAAAGUGGCAAACGCAAGCGGAAACACAAAGAGGGAGAUGAGGGGUCAGAGCAGAAAUCGAAGAAAAGGAAGAAACAUAAGCACAAGAAGUCAAAGGGUUCCUCCAAAACAGUGUUAAAGGUAGAAGAAUCUGAGCCAACUCCGAUAACUGCCUUAAAAAGCCUCGCUAAAGACUUAGGCACUCAAAAGUCUGUGAAUAAAGAGGGCAGUACUGGAAAUGUCAGUACAAAACAGGUCCUUCCCGCUUCCUCCAAAGAGCCUGAAAACAAAAAGCCUAAAACGGAACUUAAAUCAUCACUUCCACCUCCUGCUGUUGUCCCUUCAUCUUCCUCCCAUCGAAAUACACCCAACAAGGGCAGAAGCCGACAAAGUAGUGGUGACUAUGACAGUGAAGAUGACGCAGGAAGGAAAAAAUCCACCUCGAAAUAUAGUGAAGAGUAUGACUCCACUAGUGACCGCUCCAGAAGUCGAUCAAGGUCUGGAAAGAGACGGCGGUCCUACUCAUCCAGUUCAGGUGGCUCCACAGAUGGAAGUCGAUCUAGUCAUAAUCGAAGUUAUUCAGAGAGUGACUAUAGUGAAUACAGCAGUGGGUCGAGGCGGCGUUCAAAAAGACGGUCACCAGGUUCGGACUCUGAUUCUGGGGCCUCUAAGAGACAUUCCACUAGGCAUAAAUACUCCUCUUCUGACUACAGUCGCAGUCGUUCUAGAAGUAGAAGUCGCUCAAGAGGAAGCAGGAGUCGAGGCAGAGGGAGGUCAAGCAGUAGUAGCCGGAGUCGGAGUAAGAGAAGUCGCAGCAUGACCGGUCACAGUUGGAAACGCAGUCGCAGUUAUAGUAGGGACCGGAGUACGAGCGCUCGUAGUCAUUCUGGAAAAGGAUCACAUGGGCGGGAGAGUGUAGAUAGCCGCCGAGGUGGCAGGCGGGACUUUAAUCGUUCUAAGAUAUACCGUUCUCAGUCUCCACAUUUUACUCGCUCUGGAAGCCGGAGAGAGGAGAGUCGGGGAUCGGAACUAAAAGGAACGAGUAGCUCCAACCAGACACACAAGAGCACUGAAAAAGACUCUGGCCGAUGUUCUCUAACAGCUAAACAACUCUUAGAGAAAAUUCAGUCUCGCCGUUUGGAAAAGGCAGCUGGCUCUACGGUGGAUGGAAACUCAAAGCCAGGAGCUAAAGUAAAAGACCCACCUCAGGGAUAUUUUGGACCCAAGUUACCACCUGCUCUUGGUAAUAAAACCACACAACUGCCCAUGAUAGGCAAAUUACCAGUAGGAUUUAAAGUCACUGGUCCACAGAAAGCAGAGCAGGAUUCAGGGGAGGUUUCUGUUAGUGUAGAUGUGGAGCAGGACAAAGACACUAAGCCUACUUCACAGGUGGAGAAUACUCCACCGCCAGAGCCACCUGCACCAACUGCAGAACAUCUAACAGCAGAGGACCCUGCCUGCUUCCAGCCACCACCUCCAGAGUUUUCAGAAGGAGAUGCACCACACCUUUUGGGCAAUGGUGAUCUUCCUUUUCCACCAGUUCUUGGAAGGAUGACGCCACCACCACCUGAGGGUGAGUUUUAUCACCCAUCAGCGUUCCCACCUAUUGCAGUGGAUCCAAAUGCCCCCCGUCCCGAGGGUGAAGAGGAGGGUAUUGAGGAAGAAGAGGAUGAGGGUUCUCUGGCACCGCUGGAGAGCCAGCCUAUCACUUUCACCCCAGAAGAAAUGGAGAAGUACAGCAAGCUACAGCAAGCGGCUCAGCAGCAUAUUCAGCAACAGCUUUUGGCCAAGCAGGUCAAGAGUUUCCCAGCAGGGGUACUUCCACAAGCUCUGCAACCUGCAACACCUACCCUUCAGCAAAUUCACAUUCAGCAAGCACCUCCUCCCAUGUCUGCUGCCUCCUUAACCUCUAUGCAGCAUGCCAUCCUGCAGCACGCAGCUGCUGCUGCAGCCAUGGGCAUCCAACCCCACCACCAUCAACAACUGGCGCAAGUCCAUCACAUCCCUCAGCAUCAUUUAGCACCUAUUUCACUCUCCCACCUAACCCACUCUCUCAUCCCAGCCCACCACGCUGCUUUCCUGCAUAGCCACCCCAUACACAUAAUCCCAGCUUCUGCCCUCCACCCAGGUGGACCUCUCACGUUUCACCAUUUACCCCAUGGCCUUUAUCCAACUCUGCUUGCUCCUCGGCAAUCCUCGGCAGCAGCUACAGCUUUGCACCUGCAUCCUCUUCUUCACCCCAUCUUCUCAGGCCAAGACCUGCAGCACCCUCCUAGUCAUGGGACAUGAGAUAACCCUCAUGAACUUGAUAACUGUACCGGAUCGUGGCACUAAAGAAGGGCAUUAAAACAUGCCUGGGCACAGCUGUUAACAGCAGUGAACAUAGUACAAAGACUUUCUGUGCCCUAUUAGUCGGAUGAGGAUAUUUUGGCCCACAUUGCUAGGUCAGUUGCUUGUCCUAGGUUUCCCCAUAUCUUCCAUUUUAUUUAGACUGAACACUUUCCAAAUUGUCAAAGAACAGGGGUGGGGAAGAAACGUAUGAUUCACUUAUGUAUACCUUCUAAAGUCACAAAAUCUUUUAUUUUUCCAGUUAAACCAAUGUAGUUACCAGAUGUCUGUCAGCUCCACCACUUAUCAGUGGAAAUCCUUAAGGUGGAUGUCACCAGUGGGUUGAUGUUCACUCAUAGUCUUGAGGUCAGACAUGAAGCUAGGGCAGUGGCACAGUCUGCAGAGGCUUUGAAAUUACAGUCCACCCUCCCCAGGAGUGGGUGGGUGGUCACCUUUAUGGGAAGGUAUUACAGUUCUAUGUAAGUUUCAGUUGUGUAUUUAGCUUUUGACAGGAAGUACAAAACUUUGCUGGUCACUUGACCUAGGAUAAAGCAUUAAGGAAUAUGAAAUAAAAAAAAAUAAUUGUACAUGAAGGUGGGUCUUCUCCUGACACUUGUUCCCAAGCGAUGGUUUCCUGUAUAGAAUAGGCCACUAGCAGAAACGACGGACAGUUGCUUCUCCACAAUGAUGUCAACCAAAAUCAUGAUUUUGAGGAUGCAGCGAAUGAACGAGUCCGAAAAGGAGGUUUAAAAAAGGCAUCUGCACUCUGUAUCAUAUUUUCUUCUUGCUAUAGUUGUAUAUUAAACCGAAAGGGCAAAGGGUAUAGUUUUUAACUAGUUUGCAAAAAAAAA